UGCACACGCUCUGGGAUCCAGGUAUGUUGGCCGUGGGAUAAUUUCCUGUUUGACUUCUCCCACGGAGGGAAAAACUCAGCUUUCCCUUUGCUCUCACACCGCAACAAUAAUCAACACAGAAGAUAGCUCUGACCACAUGUGUGGGGGUUUUUCCUCCACCAACAAGCAAGCAAGCCGUUCUGCAGCAGACACCAGCUGUGCGUUCUCAUUCAACUGUGACCCUGUCUACCUGGAGAUAGUGUGAGAUCCCACAGGAUGAGGGCCCAGUCCCCAGGACUGCCCCCACCCUGCCCCGUUGCUGAUGCCAGCUGCAAACCCCAGGUUAUUUUGGCUGUGCUUCUGAUCAACUGGCUAUAAAUCAGGGUUCCCAUGACUCCUCCUAGGGGCUAUUAAUUUGCUAAAAUGGCUCACAGAACUCAGAGAAACACUUAGGUUUACUAGUUUAUUACAAAGGAUAUUUUAAAGGGUACCAACAGUCAGAAGAAGACAAGACAUAGAGGGAGUGCCGGAAGGGUGUGGAGCUCUGGGGCUUCUGUCCCCGUGGAGUUGGCAUAUGCCCCCCCGCCCCUCCCCCCACCGCACAUGGAUGAGCUCUUGUUUACCUUCCUGUCAGCCUCCGUGGGUUUAGCUACUGGGAAACUUUCUGAGUCCUGUCCUUUCAGGAUUUUUUUUCUGGAAGCUUCAUGAUGUAGCCAUGACUGAUUAAACCAUUGGCCAUUAGAGAUCCCCUUAGCCAUCAGCCCCUCACCCCCUCCCAGGCUGGGCUGGGCUGAAAGUUCCACCCCUCUAAUCCUGUCUCGGGCUGUCCAGUGACCAGCCUCGUCCUGAAGCUGCCUGGGUUGCCAGCCAGUCAUAAGCAUACAGAAAUAAGUCACUCUGGAGAUUCCACAGAUUUUAGGAGUUGGAUGACAGGAGACAGCGUUGAAGACCAAAUAUAGAUUUCAUAAUAUCAUGCCCCUUGUCUGCGAUAACUUUGUCCCAACAAAUCUUGUGUUUGGCAGAAGAUUCAGACACACCUGAUGGUACUCGGGGUGGGCAUACGUGGAGUUGCAGAUCAAAGACCAUCAGUGAAAUCAAGCUGCACCUCGUGGCUUCCACCCGUGUGGGCUGAGGCUCAGCUUUCUCUAGACUUUAGAGGGAUUGAAUGUAACCUGUCAUUAAAACCCAUGUGUCCCAAAUCUAGCCUGAUUCCCGUGUACAGUAUGUCAGGUGGUAUUAAAUUGCAGUAUGUUAAAAAGUAGACAGAGCUGGGCGCGGUGGCUCACUCCUGUAAUCCCAGCACUUUGGGAGGCCGAGGCGGGCAGAUCACGAGGUCAGGAGUUCAAGACCAGCCUGACCAACAUGGUGAAACCCCAUCUCUAUUGAAAAUACAAAAAUGAGCCAGGCCUGGUGGUGGGUGCCUGUAAUCCCAGCUACUCAGGUGGCCGAGGCAGGAGAAUCGCUUGAGCCCUGGAGGUGGAGAUUGCAGUGAGCUGAGAUCAUGCCAUUGCACUCCAGCCUGGGCAACAAGGUCGAGACUCCAUCUCAAAAAAUAAUAAUAAUUCGUUUCUCUAUAGUGAAACGUAGGCAUUGAUUUCUGCUGGUGGACAGCCUGACAGUGAUGCCAUGGACGCAGGAUCAUUUGCAGAAACUUGAGGAUGUCAUUGACAUCAGUCACGCAAUUCUUGCUCUGAUGGACUUGCUAUGUGACCCCGACACGUUGCAUGUGAUAUUGUACUUGCACCGGGCUGCAUGCGAUGUAAGGCUGGUUCUGCUUUAAAGCAUGACCUGGUGCUAAUAUUCGAAUAUAUUGUCCAGUGUUCUGAUCACUGUGACAUUUUUAACAAGAUUAAUGAGUUCUCCCUUUAAAGAUAAGAUACAGAGUAAAAAGGAGCAAAGCUCUUGGGUCCUGCAGAAGUUUUCAUGUGUUAAACCAUCCUUGGGUGCUGACUCUGCACCCUGCUCCACCUAUGGGGAGGCACAGAAAGCAGCUGGGGCCGGUGGGGGGUGCAGAGGCAGUGGUAACAGUAUAGAGCAGGGUGGAGGACACUGCGCUGCUGCAGAGUAAGCCUGGUGAGCAGGAGGAAGGGCCAGGUCCUCCAGGCUCCAGCCCCAAAGGAGAUGGUACCCCUGAGGUCUUCCCAGCACUUCCUUUUGGGGCCACCACCCCUCCAAGUGCUGGUGGUUUGUUCCUGAGCCCCACACCUCCCAUCUUGAAUUGCCCACAGUAUAGUUUAUUGAGCACCUGCUCUGUGCUGGGCACUGGCACAGGUGCCCGGAUAUAGUCAGUGAACAGGUCAUAUUCUGACCCCUGGAGUUUCACCCUGUGAAGCAGACAGACGUGAGACAUGCAGAUUUUAAGACAGCAGGUCAUACUGAGUGCUGAGAGGACAGUAAGCCAGGGACGGGGACCAAUGGAGGCUGAUCCCAGGGCCACCUUCUGGCACGGCACACACUCCUCCUUGCCUUGGCCUCCUGACCUGUCAUUACCACCCAGACUCUUGUCCCUCCUUCCACCCUUUCCACCCUGCCAUGGUGCCACCCAGGAUGCAGGCCAUGGCACCAGGAGCUGGGGCUCCAGUGAUCCACCAGCCUCGGCCUCCCUUCCUGCCCCAGCCGAGUCCUGCGUCCUGUGCCCCCUGCCCUACCUGUCCCAGCCCUCCUCCCCUCCUUGUCCCUUCCUUGUCCCUUGUCCCUCCUUGUCCCUUUCCUCUCCUUCCUUCAAACUCACAUCCCCUCUGGGGUGAGCCUCCGGACUCCCUGGUCCCCUUUUUCUGUCCUUGCUCUGUCAUCUGUCACUCCAACCCUCCUGCCCUCACGAAAGAUGGCAGCUCCCAAGCCGUCCCUUCUCACCACCUUAUUCUUGAUGCUGGUAUCUGCAGUCACACGGAUGACCUGCUACUUUGUCCCCAGCUCUCUUCCUGAUUCCCACAGUCUCUGCUUCUGCACCGCCAUCCGGCAUGCUGGCCCCUUCUCUCGCCCGGUCUGCUCACCUAUUCUCUCCUCUUGUACUCUCUGACCUGGCUGCUCCACCUGACGGAGCCACCUGGGACACAGGUGCUCCCAUCUCAUUCCAAACCCAUGUCCCCAGCCUCCAAAGAACUGGGGCCCUGUUCAGCAUCCCCAUCUCCCACCACUUUCCUGAGACUGCAAAUCAUCAAAAAAGAAAAACCUCUGAAUAUGGUACCGAUCUUCUCCCCUAGAAAUAAAGAUACAUUUAUUAUAGGUUUUGGUUUUGGUAUAUUUUGUACAAGAAAAGAGAAUGCUUUAUUUUUGGAGGUAAGAAUUACUGAUGAGCAACCAUAAACAGUUUUUUAAAGUAGACCUUUUAAAUCAUACUGUGUUUUACAAAAUGUCACCGAGUAUGCUAUGAGAAAUUACUAAUAAAUAUCUGUAUCUGUUUCCA